AUGUCAACAACAGCUAGAGAAAAUUUUACAUGUUAUCAAUUGUCCCAAUCUAAUUCUUAUUCUUCAUUUAAUGGUUGUUCACCAGAAUUUGAUAAAAGUCUUUGUUGGUAUAAUGUGACAUAUGGUGAAAUUGGUUACAGGAUAUGUCCUUUUACUUUUUGUAAAGCUGUUCCAGGAUGUGAAGAUAUUGCUGAGACUUAUAGAGUAACAAAAAUGUGUCAUGGAAAUGGCACUUGGGGUGCUACUGUAUAUGAUAAAUGCAUUGAUAUAUUACAACAUCAUAAACAAUGUAUUGCUGGAUUUUGUAAACAAUGUCCUGAUAAUAAUAUUCGGGAAAUUACAAUAAAUGUCUCACUUAUUUUAUCAACAGUAUCUAUUGCUGGUCUUUUAAUUGCUUUAGUUCUUUUUAACAUCUUUGAUUCAAUACAAUGUCGAAGACUUUCUAUUCAUAAAAAUUUAGCAGUCGCAUUUAUUAUGAGAUUUACUAUGUAUUCAAUUUGGACAAUAGCUAACAGUAAUAAUGUAUUUAGAGAUUGUAGUCAUUUCAAUCCAUUACAUAGACUAGAAUUAGAUUGGUUGUGUAAAAUGAUGUUAUGGUUAGUGAUUUAUUUUCAAGUAGCAUCUGUUAUCUGGAUGUUGAUAGAAGGUUUAUAUUUAUAUAGUAGAUUUACAGUCUUAGCAAUGAGAUCAUUUGAACCAUCAUAUAAAUGGAUAUUAUUAUCAGGAUGGGGAAUACCUUUUAUUGCUGUUUUAAUAUGGUCAAUUGUUCAUGCACAAUAUUCUAAAAUGAAUCCUAAAAGUUAUUGUUGGUUACCAUAUGCUAAAGGUAAUCAUUUAUGGAUAAUAGGAGGAACAAUGUCAUUUGCAUUACUUGCUAAUGUUUUACUUUUACUUUUAAUUGUAAUAAUAUUGGUACAAAAACUUCGUAGUGAAAAUACAGCUGAAAGUGCAAAAAUAUGGAAAACAAUUAAAGCAACACUACUUCUUGUACCAUUAUUAGGUGUCUCAAAUAUUUUAUUAUUUUAUGAACCUGAUCAACAAGAUGGUCCAUAUAUGUUGUAUUCAGCUAUUCUUCAAAAUUCACAAGGAAUAUUUAUUUCAAUACUUUAUUGCUUUCUCAACAGUGAAAUUCAACAUGCUGUUAAACGACAAUUAAAUAAAUUUUCAUUUCGAUGUUUUAAACGAGAAAACUAUGGAACAGAAAGGACAUAUGUUCCAGAUAUAUCAAUGGCUACCAGAAGACUAGGAACACCGAUGGAAGAACUGUCAACAUCAACAUUAAAAGAUAAAAAUAAUCAUACAAAUAGUUUUUCAUCAUCUCGUACUAGUCAAAUGAUCCCAAAUAAUAUUAAUAAUGAUAAUUUAGAAAAAAAUGAUGACAUUUCUUUAGAUGGUAGUCAAAAGAGUAAUGUCACAAAACGUAAUUUAACUGAUGUAUAUUAG